GCCACCACUCUUUGAUGGCACCAACUAUUCCUAUUGGAAGGAACGGAUGAGAAUCUAUAUCCGUUCCACCAACUUCCAAUUAUGGUUGGUCAUCAAAAAUGGAGAGCAAAUCCCAAUGAAGAAAGUUGGAGAAACCACAAUCCCAAAAACCGAGGACGAAUUUGAUGCCGAGGACAUCAAAAAGGUGGAGAACUACGCCUAGGCAAUCAACAUGCUGUACUGUGCCGUCAAUCCUGAUGAUUAUCGCAAGAUCUCUUGCUGCACCACUGCAAAAGAAAUGUGGGACAAGCUGGAGGUCACAUAUGAAGGUACGGACCAAGUUCGGGAAGCCAAAAUUGACUUCCUAACGCAGGAGUACGAGAUGUUCAGAAUGAAGGAAGGCGAAAAGAUCGAUGACAUGUUCGAUCGGUUCUCAAAGAUCAUCAACGACCUUCAUGCACUCAAGAAGACCUACGCCAACAAGGAUCUUGUGAGAAAAAUCUUGCGAAGUCUCACACCCGAAUGGAGAUCAAAGGCAGAUCCAAUCUAUGAAUCCAUCGGAGUCUCAAAUGUCACCAUCGACGGGUUAAGAGGUAAUCUCAAAACUUAUGAAUCUACUAUCCUAACCCCAUCUUUGGAUGAACAAAAGAAGAAGGGAAUAGCGCUGAAAGCAUCCAAGGAGACCAUGGAAGAAGCUUCAAGCGAUGACGACAACGAGUUCGGACUCGUCAUCAAGAAAUUCCACAAAUUCAUGAAGAAGGAAUUUGAACGGAAAGGAAGAAAGCACAACGGUGCCCCAAAGUGCUAUGGCUGUGGCGAGAUAGGCCACAUCAAGCCAAGAUGUCCAAAAGGCAAAAGCAGCAAGGACAAACCUGGCUUCAAAAAGCAACGAGCCUAUAUCUCAUGGGGUGGCGACUCCGGCGACGAGUCAACUGAUCAAGAAGAGGAGGAAGCCGCCAACCUCUGCCUCAUGGCGCAUGAAGAUCAAACCGACGUCAUUCAAGAGGCAUCAAGUGUACUUUGGUACCUUGAUAGCGGAUUCUCCAAGCACAUAACCGGGGAUGCAUCCAAGUUUCUCCAAAUCAAACCCGCUAAAGGAGGAAACGUAGUUUUUGGAGAUAAUAGUAAGGGAAAGAUCAUCGGCGUUGGUUCAGUAGGGGAAACCGUGUGACCUUCGAUUCAAAAUCAUGCACGGUAGAACGCCUUAGUGACAAUAAGGUCAUUCUACGUGGUGAUAAAAUCGAUAACAUUUAUAUGGUUAACUUAGACAAAUCUCCCUCCGGCUUUGCUAAGUGCCUCAUGAGUAAAGAGGAAGACACUUG